AUGAGCCGGAGGCUGCGUUCCUCCAGUGAACGGCGCCUGGCCUGCUCCCUGGGUGAGCAGAUGAGUGACGAGUCUCUCGGGAAAGAGAGUGAGAGGAGUGAGCGCCCGGACGAGGUCCACAGAGUUUCCAGAGGCGAUUGCCGACUCGCGCUCAGGGAGGGCCUGUCGAGGGGGACAAGGCCUCUGGGAACCAUUAACGAGCUGGCACGCUGCGUCCCAGCCCUGCCGUCGCCGGCCUCCCAGCCUCAGGGCCUGGGACCCACAUGUGGGCCCCGUGGGGCCUGUGCUCACACCCGGCCUCCCCCGGAGGGAGACCCUCACGCACACGCCCACCAGCAGGAGCCGGGCGUGCAGCCUGCUGGCCCCGGGUGCCCACGGGACGGCCGGCUCUCCCCUUGGGGCGGCGACAGCGCGUUCCACGGUGGCAUUGCUGGGGGCGUCAGCCUCAGGGACCAGGGGCCUGGGCAGUUCAGCCGGGUCACCUUUUGCCACUCGGCUGUGGAGCCGCCGCGGGUCACCCUGCCGGGCACGGACCCAGUGACGCUGACAUGGUUCAUCGACAACCAGGGGACUUUCCACCAGGAAGCGGCCACACGGGGAGCGUUCCUGAGGCCGAACUUCCUUCUGAGUCAGAUCAGCCUGGAGUCAGUCAUGCCUGCCGGGCAGUGCGCUGCCUCCUCCGCUGGAUUGUCAGCUAUCGGCCUCGUGGGAGCUCCCUGUGGGCGUCAGAGGCGCCUUCGUGAAAGCGACGUGAACCCGCGUGCCGCGGCCGCCGUGGUCACCUGUCCUCGGAAGGGGUGCGGCCCGUGGUCAGAGGUUUCCCUGAGCCCCGCGUGGGCGCCGCUCGGGUGCCGUGAUGCAGGGGAGCCUCUGUGCACACGGCGUCUGAUUCCUGCAGGUGACUCAUCGGAGGAAGUGGACCUGAGCCUGGUGUACCAGGCGGCAUCCAGUGGCGAUGUCCGUGCGCUGACCGCCCUGAUCCGGGAGGACCCCUCCGUCCUGGAGAGCCGCGACACCGAAGGGUGUACACCCCUGAUGCACGCGGUGUCCGGGCGGCAGGUGGACACGGCGAAGCUGCUGCUGAAGAUGGGGGCCAACAUCAACAGCCAGGAUGCUGAGGGCCGCACCAGCCUGUGUCUGGCCGCCUACCUGGUGAGGCUGUGUGCCUGCCCGCCUACCUGGCUGCUGACGGUGCUGGUGCAGCAGUGCGACUGCAGCGAGGUCAACCACCAGGACAGCGAGGGAAUGACCCCCCUCCACUGGGCAGCCUUCCACAACCAGCCUCAGCACACCCAGGUCCUGCUGAGACGGGGGGCCGACCCCACCCUGGUGGACAAGGACUUCAAGACGGCUCUGCACUGGGCGGUGCAGAGCGGGAACAGGCUGCUGUGCUCCAUCAUCCUGAGCCACCACCAGGGCCCGUCCAUCAUCAACUGUGACGACGAGAGCGGGAAGACCUGCGUGCACAUGGCCGCAGCCGCCGGCUUCAGCGACAUCAUCACCGAACUGGCCCGCGUCCCCGAGUGCAACCUGCAGGCUCUGGACGUGGACGACAGGUACCGGGGGCGGGAGGGGCUGGAGCUGCCACCCUCUCCACACGUACAAGGGCGCAGUGUUGCCCAGCUCCCUGCGGGCCUCCCGCCCCUCAGAGCGCAGAGCCUGCCGCCCCUCGUGCCGGGUGGCCACCUGCGGACAGCCUCCCAGGGGGCUGCUGCCCACGCCGGCCCGGGCCCUGGCGCCCCGCACGCGGCCCCCAGGUCUCAGCAAAGCUGCAGCGAACAGGACUCACUGGGCCACAGGCCCGGCGGCCAGGCACUGCCCGACCCUUGGAGAGGCGACUCCGGCCAGGGGCUCCCCAGGGCNNGGCCGGGGCCCCCCACCAAGAAGCUGCUGGGCAGGUUGCUCCCUGGCAGGUCCCGGCACCAGGAAGUCCCGGGGCCUCCACACCUGCCGCAGCUGCAAACGCCGCCAGCAGGACCAAGUUUCCCGCAGCUCUCCCCAAACAGACCCGCGAUCAGGGACUUGCCCUUCGCCCGGAGCAGCCUGGCGCCCCUGGCCGACCAGAAAUUUCUGUCUGGAGAGCCGCUGAGGACGCCCCGCGUGCUCCCCGCCAUCCCCAGCCAGCGGGGCCACGAGGCCGCGGAGGAGGGCGAGCCCCCCGGCCAGGAGCGCUGACCCGGACCGUGCCUGUCAGUCACCUCACCGGAGGGCCAGGCCGCUCGGUUUGUGGGAAGAGACUGAUUCCGUGACCCUCCUCUAAGCCGUUCUCCGCUUUGUCAUCGGCGGCCUCACUCCAAAGAGCGUUUCCCACAAGCAGAGCGCCUGGCGUGCCGGCGGCGGGGCCGUGAGCGUGAGUGCGGCCACGCGUGCUCUCGGCAGGAGGCGCGGCUGCCGGGCAGUCGUGCCACGCGGGCUGAUGUGCGGCUUGCGAACGGCUUGCUGGGUGUUUGGUGACGGGAGCUUUGCUGAAUAAACAACAAGGCUGCUUCCUCCAC